AUGACCGUGGUCGGUAGGUCUUACAAUGUUCCUCUCAUCUUGUCAAUUUCACUUACGCAGUCCAGUCAAACCAAGGGCGAACACUAUGAAGGAAAAGGCGGCCCGCUAGAUAAGCUUCAAGACUCUUAUAAUCGCCAACCAGGCCAAAAUGACAACGAUGUCGUUCCUGCGCGGGUGCCAAACGUUGAGGGACUCGGGGGCGUGAACGACAUUGCCACGCAAGGAAAACAGGCGUCACAGGCGAAUGUUGGAAAGAAGCCGCCCGGUCCUGGGGGUUCGCAGUUCAAGGGCGACAAUUAUUACACUCCUGAGAGUGUGCCGGAUAGUAUUUCGGCUGAGGGGUGGGUUGCGCCGGAGAGUGUGACGGAGAGUAGUAAGGAGACGGAGGGCUAUUCUGAGCGAUAG